UGGGUGAACAAGGACACGGGCCUCGACGACUGGAAGGACAUUUCGGGGCUGGACGCCGACCACUUCACCGACUGGGGCCUGGACGAGUGGAACCAGUGGGCCAACGGCUUCGAUACCCUUGUCGACUAUCUGAAGGCCGAUAUCCCAGAUGCCAACGUGAAGAUGUCCUCGCCCGUCUGUAGGAUAUUCUACGGGCGAAAAGUGGCGGGGAAGCGCCUGAGGAAUCGCGUGCUGGUGGUGACCCAGGACGGCACCUCCUACCUGGCGAACCACGUUAUCGUCACGGCCUCCAUCGGGCACCUCAAGGAGCGACACGACAAGAUAUUCACCCCCGCUCUCAAGUCGGGUUAUCGAAGCGCUAUGGCUGUGACGAAGCUGGGCUUGGCCGAUAAGGUGCAGUUGGGCUGGGAGAGCCCGUGGUGGGGAAACGCCCCUUUAGACCUCAGCGUCAUCUUCACAGAAAAUAUGCCCGGUGAAAUGUCUUGGCUCCAGGGAAUAAUGGAGUUCAUGACGAUCCAUCAGCAACCAAACAUGCUACAAGCGUUCGUCCCGGGAAACUACGCCAGGCAAAUGGAAGCCCUGUCGGAAGAAACUGUAAAGCAACAUCUGGUCACACACUUGGCGACGGUCACAUCUCAAACCGUUCCCGCUCCUACCUUCUUCAGGAGGACUCAGUGGGAGGAGAAUGUGUGGAUGAGAGGCUCCUACAACUCUUACGUGACGGUAGAGGGAGGCCUCUCAGUUAUGCCAAACCGCAGACCUUUGGCGAGACCUUUCAGGAGGAACGGCAAGCCACUGUUGUUGUGGGCGGGCGAGCACACCCACACUACUCGCUACGGCAGCGUCGACGGAGCUAUGGCCACAGGAGAACGAGAGGCCAAGAAAAUCAUUCGAUACAAGAGGAAUAAAUGAUGACCUAUGGAGACGGACCAGCUGCAGAAUAGAUCCUGGAAUAUGAUUGUGAUCAUGAGUACUGUGAUCAGCUUCCUACAUAAUGAUAUCAAUGAUAACAAAAAUGCUAAGCAAUGCCAGUCACCAUCGAAUUUUCAUACUUUACCGGAAUUAGAAAAAAAACACAUUAGGGUUUGGGCGAGUUACAGGAACCUCAGCAUUUCAUAUUUUACUUGACUUUGUCGCGAAUUUGGUAUUAUAUUGUUUUUGAACUUUAACUUUUAUUUUUCUGCCAUGUUAAAUGAUAAAAG